UCAGAACAUUCAGACAAAUAUGCGUGCAGUGCUCCAUAAAUCUAUAAUAAUUAUUUUAAUUAUUUCAAAUUAGCAAGGAGAAAGAAAAUGAGCAAUCUAGACAACGGGGAUACUACAUUACUUUGGUCUUCAUCGCGUUCCACGCUUGAUCAUGAUUCGACUCCAGAUAUUGCUAAUCUUCAUACGGCGCCUGCGCCACCUAAUGUACCCAGUUUGGUGAAUAGACAGAUUCAUAAUUAUCGUAGUUCAAAUCGAUCCUUCACUCGACCAUACUCCGCCAAAACAGUAUUCUUCUACAAGGAAGGCGACGUUUAUUUUGCAGGACUUCGCGUACCAGUAUCAAAGGCUCGAUACCGCACUAUUGAAUCAUUGUUGGAUGACUUAAAUAGCAAUAUUUCGAUGCCAUUUGGCGUUCGUCAUUUAACGACACCGCGUGGAAAAACAAUUAUCAAAAAUAUUGAUCAGCUACAACAUCAUGGACGGUACAUAGCAUCCUCUGUCAAAACUCCACGACCGUUGAACAUAUCGAUGGUCGAGAAAAUACAACGAAUUCGCCAUGCUAAUCGGACACACGCGCCUCAGUACUAUCGCAAUAAUUGGUUUAGCUAUCGUAAACAAAACAAAAAUAGGUGUGCGAAAAUACCACUGAAAUUAUCUUUUGAUCCAGUAACCUCCAAGCAGUUAUUUUUUGUAUUGAAUGGAAAACCUUCGCGAAUUUAUCGAGCGCUAUUGAAUCCUUUUCGCCAACGGACCAUCGAAUCACUGUUGGAAGAAAUUUCGGAAGGUUUGCAGAUGGCAAUUUUCAAGCUGUAUACUUAUUCUGGCAAGAGGAUAAUAAGUAUGGAUGAAAUUUUUUCACUAAGUGAAACUCGGCUGCUUGCUGUACCAAGGAAUGAACGACCUAUGUUUCGGGAAAACAUAUUUCCAAUAGGUGUAUCACAAUUACCGCCGAUUUCAAGGAUGGCGCCACCAAGCCUUCUGAGAGAGUCUACUACCGCAAAGCAAGUAAUCCAAUCCAUCUACCGAGAGAACUCAAUUGAGCGACCUCAACGAGUGCUUAGCAACAGCAAGAUGAUGUCCUUAACUUCGAUGUCUCGGUUGAAUAGACGAGAGAACAACAAGUCAAAGAAUGUUCCAUUAACAAAUAAAAUGAAAAAAUUCUCCCUGGAAGCUUCACAACAUCUUCCAGCUUUACCAAUCUUACAAAGGUCACCGGAAGUUUGCGAAAAAGCGACAGUGCUUCAGAAUGUCGAAGGUUGUUGUGACGAGGUUAACGAAUUUACAGCAAGUGAUAUUAGAACGGAAGAGUCAUGUGGAAGUAAACUAACAGAACCAGAUAAUGAAGCGGUUCAGGAAGCGGAAGAUGUGAAACGGGACGAAAGAAAUGCAGAAGAAAAUAAAGCAAGUAGGACAAGAAAUGGAAAAGAAGAAACGGAGAAAGAAGAGUUGAUACAAAAUAAUGAGGAAAUUGAAGAAAUUGAAACAAUGGAAGAAGGAGAGGCAAGCACCACGAUAACUGAACAGUUUGAUCCGGCAGAGAAAGAAGUUCCGGAACUGAUGCUUUCAAUAUCUAAUGAUCGGACAUCUGAUAACAAUGAAACAACAACUACAUCUGUUCCUAAAGCUGAUUUUUCGCUUAGUGCUAAAGAAAACGGUAUGACUUAUACUGUAUCGGUAAUUACUGGAAAUCGUUGGGCGGCUGAUACAGAUCUCGAUUUGUUCAUUAUUUUAUAUGGCGACUUAAAUAAAAGCGAGAAACAUCUACUACGACAAGAUACACAUGAACCAAAAUUUCAACAGAAUAGAAUGGAUUCCUUUCAUAUUGAAACGACGAAACUUGGCUUGCUUCAAAAAAUUGUUGUCGGACAUGAUCAUAUUGGUUACGGAGUCGGGAUAUACAUUGAACGUAUUCUGGUCACUGAAAAUAUUGCUGAUGGACGGCAAUAUCUUUUCCAGUGCGCCAAAUGGUUGGACAGUGGUCAAGUGGAUGGAAAAAUUGAACGGACACUGAAGACAACUGCUUUUUGCUACCUUACCACUAUCUUAUACGAUUCUAGAUCUACAAGUGGUCGUUGGGAACUUAUCUUGCAUUCUGGCAAAGAUGAUGGUAGUGGUGCAACUACAUCAAAUCUGAACAUUGUUGGUUACGGUAGCCAAGGUUGUUCGAUGACAACAAAAAUUUAUGACAAUCGCAUGGCGAAGGUGCCAUCAGCAUCACUUGUGCAAGUGGAUUUCGGUGAAAUUGGUGAUCUGCUAAAGGUGAGAAUUGAAAUCGAUGGGAAUGGUGAAAUGCCGAAUUACUACUUGAAUUAUGUUGAGCUCAGAGAUCUGGAUACCGAAGAACGCAUGGUAUCAUAUGUAAGGAAAUGGUUGAAGAUAGGCUGUGAUGAGAAGAAUGCGCAGCCAUUCCGAGAAUUUCCAGUUUUCCGAGCAGCUUUUGAACCUUUGAAAGUACUGUCUUACGAAGGAAAAAUUAAGCUAAGUUCACGGAAACAGCGAUUUCUAGAAAAACCUGUAGUAUAUGUGAGGAUAUUUGGUGAAAUUGGUGAAACAGGUCGUUUCCCUGUUGAUUUCAGAUGUGCUUCGGAUUUGAAGCGGGAAAUUUCAUUCAAAUCUGAAGCUGUUUCGGUUGGACGUAUACAAAGUACGCGAUUAUAUGUCAAAAUGAAUGACAUUGGUAAUGAAAUAUAUGAGAGUAUUCAAAUAUUACAAGAUAUCUACGAUCGACAACAUGUUACGAACAUCGCAGUGGCAAAUGAUUGGGUCGCUGAGAAAGUAACCAUUCGUGAAUCACAUCAUGCACCGUACCGCUAUGUAAUGGGAGUAAACCGCGUGAAGGCUCUAGAAGAGGAGAAGGAAAAAGCCAAGGAGGAGACGUAUGACGAUAUGGGAGAUGUUUUUAUGGAACUUCUACUUUCUGAAAUGGAAGGCCUUUCGACCAAAAUCAAUAAGAAAAAAGUUUUGUCAAGAAAGCAAUCUCGAUGGAUUCUAUCAAUGACAAUUAGCAAAGGCAGUACUCUUGUCCCGAAAGUAACACUUUGUACAGAAAAUACAAGUACAGAGAUGACUAUCGUUGCUACUACUCCAACCGAUAUGAUUAUUACUUUUCAGCAGAAAGCAGCAGACAUAUCAAUGAUAAUCAAAGUGAGAGUUGGCAUCGAUGAUUCACAACGUCUCAACUAUAUUGCACCAGAUAAUGUAAAACUUAACGAUGAAAAUAUCAUCGAAAUACAGAAGAUGAAGCUUUACGACUCUGAAAAUGGUGAUGAACUUCGAUUUCCUGCUUUAAAUACGAUCCUUGCGUCAGAAUCGGUUUAUGAAUUCCCGGCUAUCUGGCCAGAUAUCCCACCUAUUUCAAACGUCGUUUAUAUAAUAACUGUAAAUUCUGGCGAAUCAAGUGCAGAUUUUGAUGUUUAUCUGACAUUAAGCGGAACAAGAGGCGACACAGGUUUGCGAAAGCUGAUCAACGAUGACACUGACCCGUUUCACGAGAAGAAAAUGAGUACAUUUGAAGUGGAUGCUGUUUCUAUAGGCGAACCUCUGACCACUGCAAUUACAAUAAGGAAUGGAAAGGAUGUUCACGGAGGAAUUAAAGUGCCAACAAGUAAAUGCUUCUCGAUUGACAGACGCUUUAUGAAAAAGACACAUACGCGUAAUUCUGCUCAGCAAAAUGUCGCAUAG